GUCCAACAACAAUAACGCUGUGACUCUUGGUCGUGCUGAUCAGCUGAUUUCCUGUUUUUCUCGCCUUGUGUUUGAGGAAGUCAAGUCGAACGAACAGUUUCACUUUCAAACCGCGUGUGAACAGAAAACCGUUUCAGACCAAGAACAAUCAUGGGGAGGAUCAAGUGGGCAGCGCUGGUGUUCUGCUUCCAAAACUGCUGGCUCCUGUUUCAAGCUCUGGAACCAGCUGCUCUGCGGUUCGUCGGGCUCGGGGACUGGGGGGGCAUCCCCAUCCCUCCCUACUACAGCCCUCAUGAGGAGGCCGUGGCUGCAGAGCUGGACCGGCUGGUCCGGUCCGAGGGCGUCGACUUCGUCCUCAGCCUGGGCGACCACUUCUACUUCAGUGGUGUCAAAGACGUGGAAGACCCUCGCUUCAAGCACACGUACGAGCAGGUCUUCUCUGAGCCGUCUCUCCUGGACGUCCCGUGGUACCUGACCGCUGGAAACCACGACCACAGGGGCAACAUCUCGGCUCAGGUGGCUUAUUCAGACGUGUCCCACAGAUGGAACUACCCCAGUCUAUAUUAUGACCUCCACUUUACUGUCCCUCGCUCCAACGUGUCCGUGGACAUCCUGAUGAUUGACACCGUGGUCCUAUGUGGAAACACCUACGAUCAGGUGCAGCCUUCGGGCCCAGAGGAUCCGGACACAGCGGAUCGUCAGUGGGACUGGAUCAGGACUAAACUAGCCAGCAGCUUGGCCGACUACGUGGUGGUGGCCGGUCAUUAUCCCGUGUGGUCCAUUGGACACCAUGGACCUACGUCCUGUCUGGUCAACAAGCUGAGACCUCUCCUGAAAAAAUACAGAGUCUCUGUGUAUUUGUCCGGCCACGAUCAUGAUCUGCAGUUCAUCAGAGAAGAGCGUGGGCCCUCGUACGUGGUGAGUGGGAGUGGGACUGUCAGCGACCCGUCCUCCAGGAACCAGGACUCCAUCCCCCGGUCCUGGCAGCUCUACUCCAGCCCUGUCAACCGCACAGACGGAGGCCUGGCCUACUUCCACAUCACUGAGCGUCAGAUGACGGUCGGCUUCAUGCAGACUGAUGGAAAGUGUGUUUACCAGGCGGAGAUACCGCGACGAGAUACGGCCUGAGACUUUCCACCACUGCAGUCAGAAGAGGAGGUGACAUGUCAUUUAUUUAUUUAUGAUCGUCUCAUUCGUUCAGUUUGUCUGUUAGGAGCUGAUUUCUCCUGGUUGUCUCACCACUUAACACGCUAAAUCUAAAAAUCGAUUCUCAAACCCAAACAUCGAUACCUUGGAUACUUCAGUCACUGGAGGUGAUGUAGGAACUAAACUACUGAACCUGUGGAACAGCUCAGGUUAAACCACAGCACAGAAUACGAGGCGUUUAUGAGGAGGAGAGAACAUUUAUACUUAAACUGUCAUUUAUGUUCAUGCUCUUAUUAUUUCACUUAUUGUGUUGUGUGAUUGUCUUUCUGUUGUUGUAUUAUCUCGGCUUUAUAGUAAAUGAGGCCACUACCUCAACAUACGUCAGAGUUUAAAAUAAAUAAAUGACUGUGG